AUGAACCGUUUAAAAACAGCCCUAAUCUUACCUAUCCCAUUCCUACCGGCGUCUCUGCUUAUAGCCUCUACAAAACUUGGCCAGAAAUACAAGUUUGCCCGUCGAGCUGGGCACAAAAACACCGAGUCGACAAAUGAUGGCAGCUGUUUCUUAUAUAACUUACUCUCUCAACUUUUCUAUACAAUCCCCUUCGAAACUUCUUCUUUCUCUCCUUUCUUCUCUUUUACUACACUUCACCCCUUUUCUCUCUAUCACUCUUUCAACUUCUCUUUCUCCUCUCCUUUUAAUUAUUUUCUUAUCACAGUUUCUUUCUACGUUUCUUUUCCUCACCAUACUUACACGUCUCACUUCUUUUCUCCUUCCUCUCUCUCUCUAAAUAUCUUUCACCGACGUUCUGAACUUCCUUUUCACCCCCUCCUCAAUAUCUUUCUUCUUUUUUCCCUCCUCUUUCAACCCCUCUCUCUCAUUUACUACUUAACCUCUGAUCAACUUCCUUCUCUUUUCUCCUCCUUCCAAUUUCUCUCAUCCAAUUAUAUUUUGCCUCUCACUUUCUCUCUUAUUCUAUUCUACCUUCAACUUCUCCCUUUUUCUCAGCUUCUCUGUACUUGUCUCCUCCCCCUAUCUCAGUUGUUCCUAAACAUUUUUUCUCUGCGCCGCAUUUUUGGAAUUAAAAUUUGCUCGCGACUCAGCAAAUUUUAUGUGAUAAAAAGUAUAUCUAAAAUUUAA